CCCGCCCCGGUCAUGCCUGGACCUGCGCUAUGCGCAGACACUGCGGGGCCGAGGACGUAGGCGGAAGGGCUGCAGCCCGCGCAGGCGCGCGUGCGGCCGCCAUCCCCAACAAAGGGGGGCGAGGAAAGGCCGCCGCGCGCGGGCGGUCGGCGCGGGCUCCGCCUCCCGAGGCUGCGCGGUGCGCUGGGACUUGUAGUUUCGUGGCGGGCCCCGAGCGUUGCCACGGGGCGGCGGGUAGCAACGGCCGCGCUGGGGAGCUGGCGGGAGCUGCGGGUCUCCCGGGAGCGCAGGAAGGCGGAACGGGUGGAAGGGCUGUUCCCCACCAGCGCCGCAGGGCAGCGCCGGCUGUUUUCCCCGGAGCCGGCGGGGGCCGCCUCAUGCGGGCGCCCCGCGCGGAGCCCGCCCUGGAAGAGUCCCUGGAGCGGUACCAGAGGCGCCUCCAAGAUCGUGCUAGUGAAAGCAUCCAUCAACUGAAAUACGCUUUGGAGGACAGACAGUUUGGAAAGGGUGAAGGUGAAGUUGGAUUUGACCAGUUCUCUGUGAACAAGGGCAGUGAUGGUGUGGACACGAGUAAUGAUGGCAGUGGGAAUGCAGCCUGGCAGGAACUGCAGCACAGUCACGCUGUUAAUCAACUUAAAAUUUUAUUGCAACAUCAAGAAAGAAUGGAAAGUGAAGUCUCUCCAUCAGGGAGGAAGAGGUCGUUCUGUAAACCCCCAGAAGCUGCAACUGGAGACUUACCAGCCCUUUCUGAUCUUGUUCCUAUAAUCAAUGAUCAGUCACAGUACAUUAACCAUUUAGAAGCAGAAGUGAAGUUUUGCAAGGAGGAAUUGUCUGGGAUGAAAAAUCAAGUACAAGUAGUUGUACUUGAAAAUGAGGAACUUCAUCAGAAAUUGAAAUUCUUAACUGUGGAACGUAAGUUGAGAGAACAGACUCUUCUAGAUGCCUCAGCAAAUACUGAGAACUCUUGGACUGUAGGUGAUAAUGAGUGUAGCACGCGUCAGCCUGUCACCUCAUCACCAGCACAUAACAGAGACCAGGCUUUUGCUACAUCAGCUGUUGGAGAAAUAGAAAAAUGGCAUGUAGAACUGGAGAAACUAAAACUUCUUUAUCAAGAAAAAGUCAAUAUCCUUGAAAAUCAAAUGCAGUCUCUAAGAAAAGACCUUUCAGAAUCUCAGAAGACAUGCAAAGAUUUGGAAGGAAGGCUAAAACAUCAGCAAUCACUUGUUUCAGCCACAAAUUCUAACUGGGUUGGUGGUCUGUGUCUGAAAUGUGCACAACACGAAGCAGUUCUUGCAGAGACUCAUUCUAAUAUUCACAUGCAGACCAUCGAGAGGGUAACAAAAGAAAGAGAUGACUUGAUGGAUGCAUUUGUUUCACUGAGACACAAUAUGAAAGAGAUGCAGCAAAGAGAAUCUAAUGCUUGUGAGCAAGUUAAAUAUGCUGUGCAAAUGGCAGAAGAGGCCAAUCUAGUAAAAACAAAGGCUGUUGUCCAGUGUGAGCAGCUGAAAAGUGAGAUGGAACGGCAGAAGAAUCGUCUUGAAAAGGAAUUAGCUGCCCAGCUAAAUAAGAUGACCAAUGAAAAAGAGGCACUGCGGAAAGAAAUGAAGAAGGAAAAGGAGGACUUGACAGCAAUGGUGACAGCCAUUUCUGAGAACGUGGCCAUGUUGGAGGCUAAAGUAGAGAGAAUUACAAGGGAAAAGAACUCUCUAGCUAACCAGUUAGAAGAAUCACAACAUCAGCUUGUAUCUCAUGAAACGGAGAUGAAUAAGGUGUGUGGAGAAAUGCGCUAUCAGUUGAAUCAAACCAAAAUGAAGAAGGAUGAGGCAGAAAAGGAGCUCAGAGAGUACAGAACAAAAACUAUAAGGGAGCUUGAAAUUAAGGACCAGAAAAUAGAAAAACUGGGAUUAGAGCUGAAUGGAAACAAGCAGCGUUUGGAACAAGCCCAGCAGGAUGUGGCAGCAGCCAGAGAGGAGUGCCUAAAACUGACAGAAAUGCUGAGUAAAUCUGAGCACCAACUGCACCUCACCAGAUUGAAGAAAGAGAGCAUUGAGCAGAGCAUUAGCAAUGAACUAAAGGCCCGAGCCCUUCAGGCCCAGCAAAGAGAGCAGGAGCUGACACAGAAGAUGCAGCAAAUGGAGGCCCAGCAUGAGAAAACUGUAAGCGAACUGGAUUCAUUGCUGACCUCCCAGAAUGCAUUUAUAGCAAAAUUAAAGGAAGAAUAUUGUAUGUUGGCAAGGAAGUUGGAGCAAAUGUCAGAAAAAUACAGAUCUGAAGUCAACCAGCUUAGUCAGGAAAAAGAGUAUCUUCAUGGCAGAUUGGAGAAGAUGCAGAAACGGAAUGAUGAAUUGGACCAACAAUGCAUCCAGCAUGGGAGAAUGCAUGAGAGGAUGAAGUCGAGGUUACAGCAGCUCGACAAGCAUUGCCAGGCCACUGCCCAGCAGUUAGUGGAGUUGCUCAACAAACAGAAUCAGCUCUUCAAAGAGAAGCAGCUGCUUACAGAAGAGGUGCAGUUUCUGCGAACACAGGGGAAAAAGUGGGAUGCAGAUCUCAAACAGGACACAGAUGGAAUCAAGUAAAAACCUGGAUGGAUAAAGAGAAAUGAGCAGAAGGCUGCUCUGCACCUGGCUGAAACUGGUCUGAGGCUCACCCAGAGCCACCUCUGCAGAACACAGGCACAGCUGCUGGCUCAGUUCAGCUGGUUUCUAGUUUGUUUUAACUACAGAAUCCUAAAUAUUUUUAAGCCUUACCAGCCUACCCAGCUUCCCAGGAAGACAGCCGAGACUGUUCUGAAGACUAGGCUUGCAAGUGUUUGAACAGCAAUGACAUAGUGUGGACUGAAUUUGUAAUUUGUACAAUUUUCUAUGAAAUGAUUUUAUCUAUUUUUAUGAUUCAGUGUAGAUGUCUUAUUUACAGGCUGAAAUAUCAAUAAACUUAAUUGGAUUUUUA